AUGGCCGAGUACUGGAUGGAGGCCAUAGAAAGAAUCAUGGACGAUUUGGACUUUACCCCUGAACAGAAAUUGAAAGCGACUGUUUCCUUGCUUCGCGAUGAAGUGUACAAAUGGUGGCUGACCCAAAAGAGCUUUGAGAAGCUUAAGACUGUACUAACUGAGGCUCCUGUUUUGGUACAGCCUGAACCUGGAAAGGAGUUCACAGUUUAUAGUGAUGCAUCACAUUACCAUCCCGACCAGUCUAAUGAGGUGGCCGAUGCGUUGAGUCAUAGAGUUAUGACCGAUCUGAGAGCGAUGUUCACUCGACUUAGCCUAUUCGACGAUGGAAGUCUGCUGGCAGAACUUCAGGCUAAGAAUGGUGGAACUACUGAUUUUGGGAUAAACAGUGAUUGGGUACUUUGUUUCUACGGUCGGAUUUGUGUACCGAAUGAUGAGGAUUUAAGGCAGUUGAUUCUGAGAGAGGCGCAUGAUAGUCCUUAUACUAUGCAUCCUAGCGGGAACAAGAUGUACCGAGAUCUUUGGGAAUUGUACUGGUGGCCAGGGUUGAAGCGUGAGGUUACCGACUUCGUUGCUCGCUAUUUGACUUGUCAGCAGGCUAAGAUUGAGCAUCAAUUACCUUCGAGUUUGCUACAGCCGGUUAAGAUACCGUUAUGA